AUGUCAAUCAACGGCACCCUUUACCCAAAUGGAACCGACUCAACGGAUAGUAUUUGGCAGACUAAAACUCCUUUUAUUCUUACGGUUAUUACUCUUUCAUGUCAGUUGUUUCUGUUCCCGUUUUAUGCAUUCAUUUUUAUCAAGAAUGGAAAGAAAGAGAAACAUCAUCUCCACGAGAUAAUUUCGAUUGUUCUUAUUCUCUCUGCUCUUUUAUACAUACCAAUGUUCAUUAGUGUAAGAAAACAGAGCAGUUUGAUGUCAGCACGAAUGAAUAAACCUCACAAGUUCAUUAUCUGGCAGACUAUUGCUGUCUGCAUCGGAAAAAUUUUCUUUCUCUUUCCAAUUUACUUGCAUUAUGGUGGUAAUCUUCCUGAGCACGAUUAUCAAGUUCUCCUCACUGACAUCGAUUUAAUGUUGAUCCCACUAAUUAUUCAAGUUGUAUAUUUGGGAAGUACCAAGCAAAACUUGGAUUCGUUAAAUCUGAAUAUCAGAAAUUUAUUCAGAAGUAAGAUUAACCAAGUGCAACCAUAUUUCAUAAGAGAUGCGGUAUCGUCUACUCAAGCAGCACCGGCACCGGCUAUUUAA